AAGAAGAAGAAGACCAAAACCUUCACAGGCUGCGCAACGUGUCGUUCAAGAAAGAUCAAAUGUGACUUGGGGAAACCGUUUUGUAAGCGCUGUGAGAAGUCUGGGUUGAUAUGUGCUGGUUAUCAGAUCAAUCUUUGCUGGUCAAGACCUAUAAAAUUUGACAAGUACGGCUAUCAAAUUCCUAACGGCAGUAAAGAAGAUGGUAGUCCUGGUGGAGAGGUGGAAAAUGAACGAAGCUUUCAAAGAAGAAAUAUAGACUUUGUCAAGUAUGAUCGAGAAUAUGAAACAUAUGAAGAAAUGGAUAGAGAUCUUGGGCUUUUGCACAGUCCUGAUUACUCGUUGAUUGAAAAUCUUCAGACUUGGAUGCAAGGGCCCUUUGGUGUGUUUGAAGGUUUAAUCAAUAUACCCUCAGAUUUGAUGAGAAAAAGAAGAAAAUUGACAAAGACAAAGUACAGAAGCAUAGAAUCACCUGCUAAUGGAAAUGAUAAGAAAAGUCUACAACAACUACAUGCCGGCCCUGGGAAUAUUUUUGAAGAACAGAACAAAAUCAAUCUUAACAAUGGAUGGCUUUCCAAUGAACUCCGAUAUGAUGCAAUGCUAUCAGCAACAGCUGCUACGUUCAAUGAUAACUUCCAUAAUUUUGAUUUUUUGUCACCAUUUGCCAGUAAUUCACCAUUACCAACCCCAGGAAACAGCCACAACCAUACAGACUCGUUGAAUUUACAACCUGAGUACCCAUUUGAUAAAGACUUGUUUAAUGUUUUGAGGUCACACCAAACCCUUGAACAAGCUCCCACACCCGGGAUAUCCAUCAACAAUGAUUUACAACAACAACAAUUAAAUGAUGGUGAAGUUGUGAUUAGUACCUCUGAGUCUAAUAUGCCAGAGGAUAUUUUCAGAAUCAUCAAUGUGCCAAGCAUAGCUCAAUUACCACCAUCAGCCAAUGUUACCAACACAGGAUUACAAAUCAAUCCAUUAUCAAGGUUUUUACUGAAGUAUUAUAUUGAUUCAGUAGCAGAUUUGAUGACAGUUGUUGCAUUUCCAAAAAAUCCUUGGAAGACCAUUUAUUUCCCAAGAGCUUUAAGAGCAUUAGGUGAUAUUAGUGGGUUAGGCAAAACAACAAACGCAAGAGCUUCACUGCUUAAUGCAUUAUUGGCAGUUGCAUGCUUCAACAUUCAGUCAAGGUACGAGAAGGGUUCUAAUGAGAUGAAGUUUUUCUUAAACUUGGGUAUUGAAUUGAGAUUACAAGCUGCGUCCUUCCUCAAAAAGAUGUUGGAACCUGGUGUUAAUGAAUUGAUGAAGAGUGAAAAAUAUAAAGACAUUUUGACUGCUAUUUUAUCGAUGAAUACAAUUGAUAUUGUGUGGGGAACCAUGGCUGAUUGUCAGUAUCAUAUUUCUAUAUGUGAAGAAAUUAUAUGCAAAAGAGUGAAGGAAAGACCAAACCUUAGUCAUAAGGCAAAAUUACUACACAGGAUUUUUUCAUUUUUGAAAUUGGUUCAAGAUUCUACAAAUUUUGAAAACUUGAAAAAUCCAGAAGCUAAACUGAAAGCUAAGAUUGAUGAUAUAUUUAUAAAGAACCAUGAUGAACAAUUCAGCCCGGAUGUUAAUUUUUCAAUCAAUACAGAUGAAUUUCAAGAUGGUGAUAGAUCAUUGAAAACAAAAGAAGUGUCAUCCUCAUCCCCAACUCGUUCAACUUAUUCACCAGCAUUCAUAGAUGAAAUAGCCUCAGCAUCUUCAAAUAACUCCAAGGUGUCUAAAGAGUUGUUAUUGACAGAUGCUUUAUACGGGCUACCAAAUUCAUUAAUUUUAUUAUUCAGUGAUACUGUCAAUCUUUUAAAAACCAAAUUUUUGAUUACAAAUAAUGCAGAAUUGGACAGAGACUUGGAAAAGAAAAAGAUAGUUUUCAAAAAGUUUAAUGAAUUUUGUCUUGGAUUUGAAAGUAAGUUAUUAAAAUGGGAAAAUGAAUGGAAUCUAAAAGAUUCUGACUCAGAUGAGUUUUUGAGUCAUGCACAUGAAGGUAUUUAUUAUCAUUGUAUGAGUUUUUUCAACAGUUUGAUUAUUUAUUAUUUCACAAUGGUUCGUGAUUUGAAUCAUUUAUUAUUACAAAAAUAUUCAUUAAAUUGCAUUGAAUACCUUGAGAAGUUACAAGAACUGAUUAAUACCAAGAAAGUUAGAAUGUUGCCAUUAUUUUGGCAAGGGUUCAUUGCAGGGUGUUCAUCAAUGGAUACAGUCUUACAGAAUAGAUUCAAAGAUUGGGCUGCAUCUUUAUCUAAAACAGGUAUGGGUUCAUAUUGGGGAGCAAGACAAAUUAUGUUUGAAGUUUGGAGAAGAAGAGAGUUGAAACAAGAUAAUGACAAUUGGUUUAGUGUUCACAGAGAUUGGGAAAUGAAUAUAAUGUUAUCAUGA